CUGCUCGGUAUGCUGUAUGCUGAGGACAAAGAACGUCUGGACUAUGUCUAUACCAUCUAUCACUGGUGGCAGGCCAUCGCCAUCUUCAUAGUCUACCUCUGGUCGAACCUGCCUAUGAGGGCCAAGCUCUCCAUCCUGUUGGCCAGUUUAUUGCUGGCCUGUUACUGUUAUUGGGUGAUGGAGCAUCGGCUGGCCAUGAAAGUGCCUUACAGACUGCCUCGCAUCCCACGGCCACGGCACAAGGUAACCAAUCACAAUCAGUCACAAAUGACUGGCUGAUUGACCUUAGCAGAGUUAUGCUGUCAGCCAAAGAUUCAGGUGCAACUUAUAAAGCCCAAUAAAAAGGUAUUCUUUGACAUCAAAUUGUGUUUCAGAAUUUAGAAGCAUCAUUCAGAAGAAUUUAGAAGCAUCAUAUACAGUGCC